AUGUCUGCGGCACAGUUUGAAACUUUGGAAAAGACGUUGGAAACGCAUCUCCCUCCCGAAGAGCUGAAGGAAGUCAGGAGGAUAUUGUUCGGGAAUGGCGCGAAGAAGCUGGAGCUGCCGCAGUCCGCAGUGGAGGCUGCAGCGGAGCGCAACUUCGAGCUGCAGGGGUGCGCGUUCGAGGCUGCGCGCGAACAGCUCAGGCAGCCACGCGCCGUCCGCGUGGGUCUCAUCCAGAACGCCAUCGUCCUGCCCACUGAUGCCCCUGUUAUGGAGCAGAUCUCCGCCCUGCACAGACGGGUGGCCGACAUGGUGGAGGUGGCUGCCCUUUGCGGGGUGAACAUUGUCUGCUUUCAGGAGGCUUGGACCAUGCCCUUUGCAUUCUGUACCCGGGAGAAGGCACCCUGGACAGAGUUUGCAGAGUCCGCCGAAGAGGGGCUGACCACCCGCUUCUGCCAAGAGCUGGCGAAGAAGUACAACAUGGUGGUGGUGUCGCCCAUUCUGGAGCGGGACGAGGUCCACGGGGGCACGCUGUGGAACACGGCAGUCGUGGUCUCAAACUCGGGGACCGUGCUGGGCAAGACCCGCAAGAACCACAUUCCCCGGGUGGGCGACUUCAACGAGUCCACCUACUACAUGGAGGGAAACACGGGUCACCGAGUGUUCCAGACCCAAUUCGGCAAGAUCGCGGUCAACAUCUGCUACGGGCGCCAUCACCCCCUCAACUGGUUCAUGUACAGCAUGAACGGAGCCGAGAUCAUCUUCAACCCCUCUGCCACCGUGGGAGAGCUCAGUGAACCCAUGUGGCCCAUCGAGGCGAGGAACGCAGCCAUUGCCAACCACUGCUUCACCUGCGCCAUCAACCGGGUUGGAAUGGAACAUUUCAAGAAUGAGUUCACCUCUGGGGAUGGUAAGAAAGCUCACAACGACUUCGGCUACUUCUACGGCUCCAGCUAUGUGGCCGCGCCAGACGGCAGCCGUUCCCCGGGCCUCUCCAGAACCCAUGACGGACUUCUGGUGGCGGAACUGGACCUGAACCUGAACCGGCAGAUCAGUGACAAGUGGAGCUUCAAGAUGACAGGGAGGUACGACAUGUACGCUCAGGAACUCGCCGAAGCCGUCCGGCAUGACUUCAAACCCAACAUUGUGACGGAGUAACAGUUCAUUAUCGCGCUUUAGUGCAGCCGGUGUCCCAACAGACCACAGAAUGGGGAAAAGUGUCUGGAGAACAGGAAUGGCUGCAUAGACUGUUCUUCCUCUGACUGAAAUUGACAUGAAUAUUUUUCAUAGGUUUAUAUAAUAAUGCAGAAGUUGCACCCCCCCCCCCCCCCCACACACACACACACACACACACACACACACAGGCAAUGAACAAAACCACUCUUGCCAAAGCAAUGUACAUAACAUACUUCUUUAUUGAUUACAUAAAUGUAAUUUCAUAUUUCAUAAAAAUAAAGUUUACCAUUUUAAAACAUCCCUUGUGUGCUUAACAAAAAUGCACAAGCUGGAAUCGUUUGAAAGUAAACAACACCACUAGAUUAUUAUGGGGGAAAAAAAGAAUUUCAUCUCAGUUAAACUCAACAUUGAAUAAUACUUCAUUAUGGAUGGCAUUUAAAAAAAUGUAGUGCAAUACCUUUACCCAUGGUAUCUUAUUUCUUUUGAAGAACUGCAGCACUGUAAACAGCAUGAAAUUAUGUCCACAAAAUGCAGUUUUUAAAAGGGGCCUUAUCAGAUGAUUAAAGGUUUUUAAACAGCAGUAGUGGUCUUCCUCAUCCAGAAGCUUUUAUGUUUUGUCUACAGUUUGCAUGUAUCUUGUGUUUGUUGCGAACCACACGGGUUGAAACCAUUCCUAACUGAUCAUAUGAGCUGAUGCUAACGCAUUAGCCUCCUACAUCAAUACGUACAAGUAGUCUUCCAGGUAUUUAAUGUGUUCCUUAGUUGACCUGAUCUGACCCUGGCCAGCAAAGAUCAUGAAUGGUGCAUACUGUGGUAAAAAGCUUUCCUACUAGUGACAUUUAAAAAUGAUGGCCACCACCUCCAGACGAAUAUGAUACUGCAAGUGUCGAUACCACCAAAAUACAACCAGUUAUUUUCCUAGCUUUCUGUUGUAAUACUAAGCCCUGGAAUAAGUCCCAAACCUAUUUGCAAGUCUGCAGCCUGCACCCAGACACUUGCAUCAGCCUUGAACUUAUUGCAUGUGAACAAACACCACAUUUAAGACAUUCAUUUUUAACCAACAUUGGCAAUAUGCAUCUAUUAUAUUCAGGUUUUAUUUUAAUUUAUACAACAUGAAUAUAAUGACAGCAAUCUGAUACUUUAAUGGAUGAAUAUGAAUUUGAUAGUGUUUAGCU